AUGCCUUGCUUCUCUAAGGGCAUGGACUCUAGCUGUCUAUUGGGCCCUGUUUUGGUCUCUACAGCCAUUGUUUCUGAUCCCCAAAGCUUGGAAAUCAACGCAAUUUACAACUCAAAAACGGUUCAAGAGGGCCAUACCAGUGACAUGAUUUUCGGAGUGUGCGAGCUCAUCGCCUAUCUGUCCCAAGGGACUACCAUUGAGCCUGGAACGAUUAUUCUGACUGGGAUCCCACCAGGAAUUGGAUACUUCAGGUCCCCAAGAAUAAUCCUUGGAGAUGAAGAUGAAAUCCGAGUUUAUAUUGAGCAAAUUGGAUCCCUUCACUAUGAGUAG